CAAUCUGGUGAUACAAGUCUAGAUAUAAGUGUACACUGGCCAGAGACUAAUAUUGGAGUGGAAGCAAUAGUUGAUUGUCCAUGUGGUGACAAUGAUACAUCAUCAAGUGGUAGUGAAUUAAAAGCUUUCAGAUACUGUGGAGGGGAUUUUACUAAUGGAGCUCUCUGGACUACAAUUGAUGUAUCACAAUGUAACUUCAGUGAUUUAGCGCGUAAAAUAUGUAACUUACGAAAUCUUCCAGUAGAUGAGAAAGUUCAGCAGCUAGAAGAGCUGACAAGUAAUACACAGGAAUUAAAAUCUACUGAAGUGACUGCAAGUGUUAGUAUUUUAGUGACUGCUACUGAAGACGUCUCUGGAAAUAUAACACUGACAUCAACAUUUUUGGAAGUGGUGGACAACAUUUUAGUAGUCAAUCAGGAGGUUUUAGAAGAAAGUCAGAAAUCAUCAAACACAUCAGCAAAAUUAUUGGAAGCUAUUGAAUCCGUUGCGGAGAAUAUUCCAAUCACUAACUCAUCAGAACCAGUAGUUAUUGCACAAACAUCAUUUGCUGUGUCGAUACAACAGGUUGAUCUUGAUGACUUUGAAGAAAGUGGUCAAAACUUUAGUGUAGUCAUCAACAACACAUCAAAAGGAAACUUAAGCUCUGAAAGUUUAUCUUUUGGAAAGCCAAUUAGCUCACCAACAGCUUCAAUUAGUUUACCAAAAAGUUUAUUCAAUGCUGUCCCACACUUUAUCAAUAAUACUAGAAUCACUAACUUAGUCUUUUUAAGUGAAUCCGUGUUCUUAAGACGAAACUUUAGCUACUUGAAAGUAAGUAGUAUCAUUGUAUCUGCAAGUGUUGUAGGAGCAGGAACUAUUAGAGGAAUCAAACCACCAGUGGAUCUCAGUUUCCAGUUAGAUCCCAACAGCAAUGGUACAAAUCCACAAUGUACAUUCUGGAAUCAAUCAUUUGAUGGUGGAUAUGGUGAUUGGUCAAGUGAAGGUUGUAACACAAGCAGUAAUGAUUCACAAGUUAUGUGCCAGUGUGAUCACUUAACAAGUUUUGCUAUACUACUGGAUGCAUCUCCAAUUAUUGAGCCAACAGAGAGAACAGGGUUGACAUUGUUCUUAGACUCUAUCACAUAUAUUGGGAUUGUAAUAUCUCUUGUUUGUCUCACUAUCACCGUAACAACUUACUUAUCAAGCAAGAAACUACGCACAUCAGAUCAUGGUCAACUUCUCCUUAACUUAUGUUUUGCAUUAAUGGGCCUAUAUAUAUCAUUUAUUGCUGCAUUGCACAGUAGACAUGCUGAAUCCUUCU